AUGCACCAAGAGAGCUCUCUGCAUCAGGCAAGCAACCAGAGUGAAAUGACAGUGAAGAUGCCGAAGGACACAGCCCUGGUCAAAUCUCUUCUGCUCUUGAUGUUGGGGUUCACUCUCCUGAGGGAGGGGGCAGCUUGGAAAAAGCCCAAAGCAGGAGAUGGCACCCUUCUAAAACUGGGGAAUUGUCCCCCUCUGGAAAACAAUAGUGUGAGGGUUGACAUUCGUAUCCUCAGUCAAAAACAGGGAGUUCCCAUCACACAUGACUUCCAGAAUCGCUCCAUCUCCCCAUGGGAUUACAACAUCACCCGGGACCCCCACCGCUUCCCCUCGGAGAUCGCAGAGGCCCGCUGCAGGUACUCAGGCUGCAUCAAUGCCCAGGGGGAGGAAGACAACUCCAUGAACUCCGUGCCCAUCCAGCAAGAGUUCCUUGUCCUCCGGAGGGAGCCCCAGGGCUGCUCUCAUUCCUUCCGGCUGGAGAAGGUGUGGGUGACAGUUGGAUGCACCUGUGUCACUCCCAUCGUCCGCUAUGCAUCCUGA